CGGAUUCAUCAUCGCGGCAACCUCGAGCAGAUAUGGCAUCGAGUGGCGACGAGAAGGCUGUGCGUGUGAUCGGCGGGUGGGCGAGCCACUACGCAAUUCGCGUGUACAUAGCUCUGAAUCUGAAGGGCGUCGAGUACGAGUUCCUGCAGGAGGUGGUCGGCAACAAGAGUGAGCUGCUGCUCAAGUCCAACCCGGUGUACAAGAAAUUCCCUGUGCUGCUCCACCAUGGCAAGCCUAUCGCCGAGUCAAUGAUCAUAGUCCAGUACAUCGACGAGGUUUGGGCGUCCGAUGGGCCGGCCAUCCUUCCGGCUAACCCAUACGCCCGUGCCAUCGAGCGGUUUUGGGCACAGUACACAGAUGACAAGAUUGCCCCUGCAUCCGCCGUGCUAAGAGGGGCGACAAACGGAGACAAGGACGAAGCAGCAUCACAGGUGUCUACCGCCCUGCAGAAUUUGGAGGAGGCCUUCGUGAAGUGCAGCCAAGGGAAGCACUAUUUCGGCGGCGACAACAUUGGCUUCCUCGAUCUCGUUCUGGGGUCACACCUAGGUUGGCUCAAGGCAGUGGAGAAGAUCGCCGGCGUCAAGUUCCUCGACGAAUCCCAGCUCCCUAAACUGACAACCUGGGCCGACCGAUUCUACGCUCACCCCGCAGUGAGAGACGUCAUGCCUGAAGCGGAUAGGCUCGUGGAGUUCAACGCUCACCUCAUUGCUGUGUUGAAGGCUAAAGCUUCCAAAUAAGUGAAAUGGUUUACUACUGUAUCGCUGAAUAAAUCCUGUUGUUUUUACUAGUAUUUUCUAUUACACUUUUACUUUGAAAUAAAGGGACGUACGGACCAAUAUGUUAUCAGAAACUGCCUUGUUUUAUUUUGAAACGAAGUUACCGUCAUGCAUGACGGUCUUAUAAGCAUAUGGUUUGUAUGGUUGUUCAUAUAUGUAUGCAUAUGAUCUGUCAACUUCAAGCGUCGUGGAGUGUUUGUUCCUUUAUCUGAAAAGAUAUCUCAGCAUCUUAUGAA